ACUUUAACUCUAUAUUUAAUGCCCAUUUAGAUGUCAUUCAGAUCCAGAGGUUCCGGAAGAGCGCUAUUGCCGUUUGGAUUGGACUAUAGUGACGUUUUAUCGGCGGACAACGGGUCGGAGAAGCCACAACUAGUGUUACCUAUCAAUGGAUCAUUAAAUGAAUAUGAAGUAUCAUCAGCUCAACAAUCUAUAGCAUUUAGUCAAUUAAUGAUUGAUGGACCAUUUUAUACUGGAUCAUAUGUAGACCCAAAGGCAGAAAAGAAACAAAAAAAUGGAACUGCUUCUAAUAAUGUAGUAUCAAAUACUGCUCCAGAUGGUAUUCAAAGAUAUUCUGAUAAAUAUAAAAAAGUUAAAAAAAUAGGUAGAUCUAUUGAAGAACAUCCAUAUCAAUUAGAAUUCUUUCCUGAAGAAUUAUAUUCAGUUAUGGGAAUAACAAACAGACAAAAGAAGAAAUUACUUGCAUUAUCUAGUUAUAAAUCCAAUGGAGGAUUAAAAGAUUAUUCUAUUGAUGAUGAGAAUUCAGAAUCUGAUAAGGCAGCAUCAAUGUUAGAAAAAUUAAAAGAUAUGGCAGAAGAAUUGGAUGAAGAUCAAGAAGGUAAAGAUGAAGAAGGUGACGAUUUAGAAGAAGAAUUAGAUGAUGAAUUUGAUGAAGAUGAAGAUGAUGAUUAUAAUGCUGAAAAGUACUUUGAUGAUGGAGAAGAUGAUGGAGGUGAUAUAGGAGGUAAUGAUGAAGCAGCCUUUUAGUAGUAGAUUGUACUUUGUGCAAAUCAGUGUAUAGUAGAAAAUAUGUAUAAGUAUACUUAUUAAAUAAAUAAUACGGUAGAUUUUUAA